CCCCCUCUCCGCCUAUAAAAUCGAACCCUAACCUAGGCCCUCUCCGUGUUCAACCUUCCUGGCCGUUCGUGUCCUCUCUGUUCGUUCCCCACCUUGCCCCGCGCCGCCUCGCUAGGGUUUCUUUCGUCCGCCGACCGUUCCAGCCGCCGCCAUGCCUCGCCGCAGCUCAGGAAGGUCAGCAUCGCGUCCUGCUCCUCGCGCUGCUCCUCUGAGAAACCCACCUCAGCCAGCGCGCCAGGCUCCUCCUCCAGCUCCUGCUCAGAGCGGUGGUGGCUCCAUCCUUGGAGGAAUUGGGUCCACGAUUGCUCAAGGCAUGGCUUUUGGUACUGGCAGUGCCAUGGCACACAGAGCUGUUGAUGCUGUAAUGGGCCCCCGGACCAUUCAGCAUGAGACUGUUGUCUCGGAGGCUGCUGCUGCUGCUCCUGCUGCUCCAAUGAUGAACGGUGCUGAUUCUUGCGGCAACCAUUCCAAGGCCUUCCAAGAUUGCCUCAACCACUAUGGAAGCGACAUCAGCAAGUGCCAGUUCUACCUUGACAUGCUGAACGAGUGCCGCCGUGGUGGUGCGACUGCCUAAGCCGCCUAAGCUGCCGCCGCCUCAUUGGAUUUGAUUCAUGGGUUCUCUUUUCACUCUCAUGAUCUCCCAUUAAUAAGACCAAGUAAAACUAUGAACUACCGCCACAACUUGAUGUCUGUGUGCCGUGACACUAUCACUGGUGGGUGUUGAGUUUGUGGUUAUGUUCUGUUAUCCUGGGAGUAGUACAUUCUGAUAUCCUAUAUUGUUGGAACUUCUAUGGUGCUGAUAAUGAUAAAUAUUUGAAUCAAACAGUUGUGGUGCUA